AUGGAACAAAAGUCCAAGCUACUUGUUGCAUUGCUCGCACUAAGCUUUGUCAACUGGGUAGCACUCAACUAUUACUGCACUCUAAACGUGUCGUCAAAGUUGUUUGAUGUACACAUCUUUGGCUACGAACUGAACUAUGCCAAACAGUUGAUAACCAACUUGUCAGAGCAGGAGAUUGAAACAUAUAGAUCAAUGUACACUGGACUCGACUUGACAAUGCCAAUAUUGAUGUUCUUGGAUGCAACGAUCGUGAUAUCAAUGUUAUAUCCAUAUGGUUCAGUGUCUGGAGCACUCGCACAUCUGUGUCCACUGCUAUUUCUAAUCUUUGAACUGUUGGAGAACCAUGCCCUAUACACAGUAUUGACUCUGUACAUCACGAACAAACCAUACGACAUCAACACCAUUACUAUCGAAUCACUAUUGACCAACGCUUCAUUCUACACAUCAUCCAAGUUUCUAACUCUAAGUAAGUCAAGCCAAUUAUAA